AUUGAUCCUUUUUUUCAGACAAUGAUGAUUUUUACGAGAAAUAAUUGUUCAUGAAGUAAAUCCUGAGAGUACUUUGUGCGAUGUUGCGUCGAACAAUUCUGGCCGGUGUGACGAGCACGGUUAUCGGUGCAGUAGCUUUGAACGAACCUUUGCGGGAUUAUGCGGAACAUUUAUGGAGCGUUAUUCGUCUCAACGACAAGCCCGGAUUACCAGUUUUCGGAACAGUUUCUGCCGCCACCGCUGUUGUACCCUCGGCGUCCACGACUGUCGCAUCGCGAACAGCACAGAUCAUGAAAUUUGGUUUUCCUGGGACUGCAAACGUCAAGGUCCGCGAGAAUUUUGUCCUUUCGUUUGACCGCAGACUUCGUGUUGCUACUUGGGUUUUUGAGCACUUCAACAGGGAGAGUCUGAAAAAGGCGGAUGGAGUAGAUCGCAGUGCAUGCACGUUCUUCGAGGACCCGGACGAACAUCCAUAUUUCAGACCGACCCUCCAGGAUUACUUGAACAGCGGCUUUGACCGCGGUCAUAUGGCAGCUGCGGCGAAUCAUCGCAGUAAUCAGAAGCACAUGCAAGACACCUUCACAUUGCUCAACGUUGCUCCUCAGGUUGGAAAGGGUUUCAACAGGGAUUCCUGGGAAAGACUGGAAAGAUAUGUGCGCCAGUUAUCCCGUACCUACAAGGAGAUCUACACAUGCACCGGUCCACUCUUCUUACCCAGGAGAGAAGGAGAUGGAAAAUUGUACGUGAAAUAUCAGGUUAUUGGAAAAAAUCACGUUGCCGUCCCAACUCAUUUUUUCAAAAUCGUGGUUGGCGAAGGGACCGACGGAUUUUUAGAUAUGGAGGUCUUCGUGAUGCCGAAUCAGGUGCUUGACGAUUCAAUAAGUCUCAAUGCCUAUUACUCCACUCCGGAAGCUGUUGAACGAGCCAGUGGCUUACUUUUCUUUUCGUCGAUGAGCAAAGAUCGAUUACGUUGUGUGAACGGUGUUCGAACGAAGUGAUGUGUUCAGUUGGUGCUCGAAGUUGUGACUUGGAAGAAACGAGAUAGAAAACAUUUUUCAUUCA